UGAAAAGCCAUACCACUGCAACUUUCCUGAAGAAGAAACCCCAAUGAUAACAUCUCAGUUGGAUGAACUCCCAAAGCUGGGAAGCCGCAACGCCAGAGAAAAUGAGGCCAGGGAAUCUAAACCAGAGAUUCCUGCCCUGAUGUCAGCACUGGAGAGUGUCAUCAAGGAACCCUUUUCGAAAUACCAAGGUUCUGCAGACAUGAAGAUGCCAGCAUUUCAUCACAGCCAGGGGCUUCCUUACUCCAGUCACAUCACUAGCUUUGCUUCGGGUGUGGGCCAGACAUCUUCAGACGUGGUCAUGGACUUGAAAACAUCGCUCGAAGUGCAGGCUAGUCGUGCUAGAAAAACUUUGCUAGACUUGCACAGGGAGCAUCCUCUGAUAGAAAAAGGUGCUGAAGCUCUAGAGGUAGCUCCACUCGAUUUGAGUGAAAAAUCAACAAGGGAUAAUUCAUGCAAUAAAUAUCUGAAUACAUCCUUCCAGGCUGCUUUAAUUGUCUACCCAUGUCCUUUCUGCAGUCACAAGACCUACUACCCAGAAGUCCUGUGGAUGCACAAAAGAAUUUUGCACAAAAUCAGCUGUAACUCAAUGGUACCCCCUUGGGUUCAACAGAAUGGAUUCAAGAGUAUUAAAAACAACCUGGUCUUUCUGGCGAGGAGUGGGCGCACUGGCCCCCCUCCUGUUCUUGGUGGUAAGGAAUGCCAGCCUUUGCCCAUUGCCAGAUUUACACGUACUCAAGUGCCAAGUGCAUUGCCAGGUUCCAAAACCAGCUCUCUUUCUGUUGGGAUGACUGCAAAGUCUGGUAGUACGCAUCAGUCAAAGGACAGUCAUGCCUUCAGCCACUGUGGUCCACGCUUAUCGGGUCUGGAUGGAUACAGACAGCCCAAGUUAAACCAUUCCCAGGAGCAGUACAGCAUAGCAGCACAACAAAAAAGUAAAUAUGAAGCAAAUUCCAAAAUUAUACAAAUGGGAACCUAUAGUAGAAGCAUAACGCCUACACAAACAGUCAUAUCCAGGCCUAGCACACAGCCUACAAACAGUAAGCAAGUGGAGAAGUAUGUGGUUCCCCAGGGAAGUACUGGUUUUGCCCCUCCAGGUAAGCACUGUGCAUCCGACUCCAUGAAGGCCAAAUACAACCCACUGCUGCAGUAUCAUCCUCUGUGUAAAAGUGAGCAGUACACUAAACAUGAAGAGCCACCAGUGCCUCAGAGGGAGUCUCACAUGAAGGCUGGGAAUGAGAUGAGGACAUUGGCAAACUGCACAGCGGUAGCGCGAGCAAGUCCGGUACUGCAGCCCCAGCCUAGUACCGUGGGAAUUUCUCCAGCUUUACACUCCAGCAAACAGGAUGUGGGAUCAGAUGUGCAUGAGAAACAUUUGGACAUCUUAAAUAUCUUUAAAACAUACAUUCCAAAGGACCUUGCUUCAUUGUACCAAACCUGUGGUGCCAACAGCCCUGCCCUGGAUCACACAGGGAUGCUCAGGACACAAACACGCCAAGGAGACUGUGUCUGCAGAGAAUGUGGAAAAUGCUUUACCCAACCCAGUCACCUCAGGACUCAUCAGAGGUCCCACGCAGUGGUAUUUGAGUCUAAUGGACUCCGAGGUACUGAAGUUCACACCACCUCUGCAGAUGCUCCAAAACAAGGGAGAGACCACGUCGGUGCGGAGAUCACCCACACGCUGCAUCUCCGAAAGGGAACCUAGAGCCUUGGCAGAGGAGCCCUGAGGCCAGCGGCCCCCAGCCCGAGGGGCAGCGCCAGCAGCCCCCCACGCAGAGCAGAGCAGCCCCCCUGCAGCCAUCGCCUCACCCGGAGCUGCUGCGCGAGACUGAAACCAGCGCUCUGCCAGGAGGGGGGGGUGCCUCUGCGCUGUUAAUCAUUUUAAAAUAAAUGAAGAUGCUACACAAGAUAUAUAUAAAUUGACGUACUAAUCAGUCCCAUGGUUCCUUGUUUCCUUUAUAAUAAACAGUGGAGUUGGCAAGCACUGUGGCAGCACGAGGCAUCUAUAUUAAUCAAGAGAAGUUUGAGACACUGGAAAAAUUAAACUUUAUGUGAUUUGGACAGCAUGAAGAAGUUAAGCACUGUAACAAAAACCUCCCUGAUGCUCACAAUGACUGUUUGAUACAUUUGAAAAACAGCAGUGGAUUUGAGGGCUGGAGAAGUAUUAAUUAAUGAAACUGCCACUGCCUGUCAUGCUGAAAAGCAAAUUAAAAAAAAAAAAAAAAACAACAACAGAGAGAGGAAAAAUGAGGGGUGCGGGGGGGAAAGGUGGCAUUCGGUGCUGAGAAAGCAAUGUUUGAUGAAGGAUUAAAGGGACUAAAGAGAAAGACCGUCAUUCUGCAAUGGUUUGUUUCAUUACAGUUUGGGGACCACUUGCAUUUCUAGUGCUCUUGCUCUUGACUGCGCACCAUUAAUAGUAUGUGAAUAUGGAAAUUGAAACACUUCCAGAGAAAAGCUUCUAUUCUGCUUUGGAACAGAAAAGCUGGUCGAACACUAAGAAAAAAAACAGGCUUCUGUGUUUUACUCUCAGGACCUUUUUUUUUGUAACAGGGCUACUUUCUUCAACCUGAUCACAAAGGAAGUCUUCACUUAGAGAGAAAAAAAGAAAGGAAAUAUAAAACAUUCAGCUGUCUAAUGCCGCUGAUCUUUCUGUUUAGAAGAGAAAAGGUGUCACUGAAUGAAUUCAGGCAGCCCUGGGGCUGUAAGGUGCUCUCUGCUCUUUCGUUUGGUUCAGCAGGCCAGCUACUGCUCCUCCUUGGGCCCAGUGAUGUUCUGGAAAGACGAGGAAACUUCUUUUGUGGUGGCAGGUUAAUGUUCAUAUAAAUGUGUCAUGUCUUGUACUUGGUGAUCACUGGUGGUGUUAGGAAAAAAAAAGAAAAAAAAAAGCUUUAUAUACCUCUUCUACAGUAACUCUUUAACUGCAAGUUUUCAAGGUGGGGUUGUGGCACAUAACAGGUUGUUAAACCAUGCAGUGUAAGCAAUUAAAAAUGUAUUCCACCGAUUUAAAUAUUUUCUUUUCUUAUUGCUGUGACACUAUGUGUGAUGGUAAUAUUUCUGAGAGUUUCAGAUUUUGCACAUAUAAUUUUAUGCAUUAUCAAAAGUUACUGCUGCCUUGAAAGAAAAUGUUCUGUGAAAAUUUUUGCAAAAGCUUUACUAGUUUGUUUUUUUUAAAUUGUAACAUUUUGUAAAGGCAGGAAAUGGAGUUAAAAAACCUAGCAUGCUAAAUAUAUUUUUCAAAAAAGCAAUAAUUUUACAUGUACAGAAAUGAUGCUAACCUUUAAUACAGGUGAGACCACAGUUUACUUAAUACAGUAAUGGAAUAGUGCUGUUUUUGUAGAAAUGGGCUUCUGACAAAGAUUUGUUAAAAAAAAAAAAAGGCAGAAAAAACCUUAAAGUGUGAUCUUUCUAUUCUAACAGUUUUGGUGGGCGGGGGGUUGCUUUUUUAAAAUAAUCUAGUCAGUAAUUUGGUCUGGACUACUUGUUACUUGUUUUAAAUUACUUGACAGGUUUUGUUACUUUGCAACACUUGCAACAAUGCAAAUUAACUUCCUUAUGUGUUUUUUUUAAAUUAGAUUUUCCUUAGGCUAUUACACAAGAUGUAUACCAGAAUCCUCUGUAAGUCUCCCUGUAGUUAGGAAUGUCUGUGCAAAUACUUAAAAGUGACUGUAAUUAACUGUUCUAUGAAGUUAUUUUGAGGGAGGUUGCAUAGACACAUUCCGUUGUACACCAAAAAAAAAAAAAAACAAGAAAAAAAACAAGGAGAAGAAUGAAAAAGUGGAAAUAUUUUGCUGUGUUGCUUAAUGAUUAUCAUUUUGGGUUUGCACUAGCUUUCUCAGUUUGUCAGUUUGUUUUGGUUUUGGUUUUUGGGUGGGGGGUUUUUUGUUUGUUUGGUUUUUUGUUCUGUUCUUUGUUUGUUUGUUUUGUUUUGUUGCUUUUCUGAUUCAUAUUUUCCAUGAAAGAAAGUAAUGGUGACAGUUCAGGAAUGCACAAAAGCUAGUUGCCUAAUCUAUUUGUUUGUGGUUUAGUUAUUAAAAACUCUUCUACACCCAAAAUGACACGAAAGUGUAGUGUACAUUUGUAAUUUCUCUCCUUUUUUUAAUUGUAUUUUUUUGGCAAGCUGAACUAGAAAAUCUGAGUUAAUAUUUAAAGCCAAAACCUUCUUUCUGGAACUUUUCUUCCAGAAUCCAUGACAGAGAAGCUAGUGCUGCCACUGCCAUUACCAGGGUACUAAUCAGCAAAGUUUACAAUCAUAAUUUAGCUUCACGAAGAACAACAGUAGGGGAAAUCAGUUUAAAUAAUUAUAUGCUGUGUAUAGCAGAGAAAUGAGAUUUUCACUUAAUUAAACAAGAAACAAGAGUGGGUGGAGGAAAGCCAACCUUAAAGACCAUCUGUUUUCACAAGAGAAUCCCACGAUUUUUGUUUUCUUCUAUAUCAUUGUAUUGUAUUGAUUUGUUAUUUUAGUUAGGCCAUAGUAUUUAAAAUGAGUUAUGUUCCAUAUUUAUUUAGUCAAUGGGCUUUCACCAGCUCUUUUAAGCAAUGUGAUAAGUUUUUUUGGCAUGACACACUCCUGUAAAGCCCUUUUAUGACUGUUACAGGGACUUUCUACUACCUCUACCAGUCUACUGUUUCUUCUUCUUAACAGGUUUUUAUGGUGUUGCAAGUCUAAUGUAACUUAGACAAUAAAGGGUUUGAUUA